AUGUGCUUCUGUAAAUUGUCGGUGUUCUCAUUCAUCUGUACGUAUAUGUGUGUGUGUGUUUCUGUGUGUAUGUGUGCCUGUGUGAGUCUUGUGGUAUGAGUGUGUCAAGUGCAGGCGCGCUUGUGUGUAUGUGUGUGUAUAUGAACAAGAUCGUUGUGUGUACACGGGGGUGGGGUGUAAGUAUGAGCGAUGUAAGCACACAAUGUGGACAUUCCCUCGGAGAUGGUAUCACGAAUAUGAAAAUGGAAAUCGUUCUGUAUGAUCUGCUCGUUCGGCAAUUUCCGUAAAAAACAUAUUUCUUUCAUAUUUUUUCAGCUGAACAGUGAAAUACACGAUCGCACACGUACGUACGCACACACGUACAUACACAUAUUGUCUUCAUGUCCACGAGCGAGUUGAACAGUUAAGCACACACACACAAGCACACACACACACACACACAAACACACACACACGCACACACACACACACACACACACACAAAUACACGUACAUCUUUUUUAAUGUUUUCCCGAAUCGCUUAUGUUUAUGUAUAUAUAUGGUGUAUGUAUAUAUAUGGUGUAUGUAUAUAUAUGUAUAUAUAUUUUUGUAUGUAUAGGUGUGUGUGUGAGCUGGAAAAAUAUUAAGAAAUAAAAAAAAUCUUUAGGAAAUUGCGAAACAAAUAAAUAAAACAAUUUUCAUUUUCACUUUCGUGAUACCAUCUCCGAAGGAAUGCCCAUCAUGUUUACAUGCUGGUAUUCCAUAUUAUAUGAAUUUUCUGUGUGAACUACACUACUUAAACAUCUUGUAAAUGUAUAUUAUAAUUUCUUUUCCUGUUUUUAGAGCUUAAAGUCGGAUGGUAUUUAGUUGUGUACUGGAGAUUUAAGUAUAACAAGUGUCAAAUUGGAAACACAUGCAAACAUGCAUGUAUGUGAGUGUGUGUGUGUGUGUGCAUAGUUUCAUUUAAGCUGGUCCAGUGGUCUGUUACUCUGCAGUCUCCAUAGCGUGCAACCAAGUCUGACUGCACCAGUUAAAAUAAGCCACUGCACUCUGUUCGUAUUGAGUACUUCACUGCUUCUCAUCAACUUUCCUAAAAUCACGCUUCCUCUAUUUCACCUUCUCUCUUUUUUUUCUUCUUUUCUGUCCCCUAUUCUCCUGCAGUACACCCAAGGUGGACAGAAAAAGCGCUUCAGGGACACACUCAAAACCUCACUGUAGAGCUAUGAGAAUUACCCCGACACUUGGGAAAGGCAAGCUCAAGGCUGCCCUGCCUGGCAAAGGUGCACCGACAGAGGUGCUGCCUUCUAUGAACGGAACAGGUUUGCAGGGGUACAAAGAAAAUGCAAACCAUGCAAGUCUGGAGCGAAAUCCUUGUCUUCAGUCCCAGCAGACCACAGUGCCGGACUUGUGGCUGAGCCCCCCCCCCCCGAGCACGAUUCGGACUGAUUGGCCACAGCUGGACACAUCGUGUCCCGUCUUCUUCUAUCAAGUGAUGUCCUUGAUUAUCAACAUUGACGGACAAACUAAUAAUUCUCCUUCAGGUAUAGGGAUGUCCUGUUUGGUUCAUUAAUCUUGCAUAAACAAAAUGUCCAACCACAGAUGUAUAAGGACGUGGAAUUAAGCCCCUUAUUUGAACAACAAGUAAAGGUUGGCAUUCGGAAGGGCAUCUGGCUAUAGAGUACAGCCUCAUGAAAGUCUCACGGAAAAAGUUGAUGUAAAAAUGAUGGAGCAUUUCUUCGGAGAUAGUAUCACGAAAGUGAAAAUGAAAAUCAUUCUGUUUUAUCUAUUCGGCAAUUUCCAUAAAUUCCUUUAUAUCUUUUAAAGGGCUUUUUUCCAGCUUACACUCAGCUACACACAUGCGCACACACUCGUACAUACAUACAUACAUAUACACAAAAAAUGCAUAAACGUAGAUAAUUCGUGAAAACAGGAAAAAAAACGAAUGCUUAUGUAUCUAUGUGUUCUAUAUAUAUUUGUGCGUGUGAGUGAGUCUGAGUGUAUUUUCUCAACUCCCUCGUGGGGUGUGUGUGUGUGACUGUCUCACUGUUCAGUCGAAAAAAAUUUUUAAUAAAUAUUUUUUCACGGAAAUUGCCAAACAAAUCGAUAAAAUAACGAUUUUCAUUUUCUCUUUCGUGAUACCAUCUCUGAAGGAAUGCUUGGUGACGGUGGUUGAUGCUGAGGAUUGAUUGAUGAUAGUAGUGGAGGGAGUGAUGACUGAUAGUAAUGUCAGCACUGCUGAUGAGUGAUGAUUAAUGAUUGAUUGGUGAUGAUGAGUAAUGAUAAUUGACAACGAUAAUUGAUUGGCAAUGAUUGUGGCGGGAGUGAUGAGCGAUGGUGAUGAUUGAUGAAAAUGGCGUUGGUGGUGACUGAUCGAAAACGACGAUUAUGUCGAAGAUGAUUGAUGAUGAUGUAGUGCAAUAUUUUCAACUGAUUGACGCCAUAGCAGCAGUGCCGGUGGGACAUCUAUUCCGACAGACAUGGAUUGAGGCUAAGAUUUUCAUGUCGUGAUGACAGAUUCUUGAGAGAAAUAAUAGAAGUAUUUGAUACAGGUUCAUGAAUCUGGUGCCACAAUUAAACCCUAAAAUAUUUCACGUGAUCUUAACAAAACCCCUAAAUACUUCAACCCUGAAAAGUUAUCUACCCUUAGUAUAUAGUUCAGAUAUAUUUCAAUAAUGCAGAAAUAACAAGAGCACUCAGAGAGUGCAAACCUCCGCCAAGACAACACCAACGUCCUCUCAACGAUUGGCCAGAGAUGAUUUUUAAAAUGAGAAUAGCUGAAAACUCGACUGCUCUCACAAACGAGAAUACUAAAAAUGAACCCGACUGCUCUAAAAAAUUUAAGUAAAAAUCAGGAAAAAUAAUCCAGAAUCCUUGUCUGGUACUGGAUCGAUCCCAAAAUCUAAUCAGUUUGUGCCAGUCACAAGGCCAAACAUCCCUGAAAGUUUCAUCUGAAUCCAUCCAGCAGUUCUUGAGAUAUCUUGUCCACGGACAAACAGACAAACAAACAUGACUGCAAACAAUACCUCUGCCUUUACUAAGGCAGAGGUAAUAAACCUUUAAUUAUCAUGGCUUUGAAUUUGCACGGUUUUAUAUACUGAUGCAGUAUAUAUAUAUUUAUACAUUGUCAUGUAGAUGUAAUAGAGAACAACUUAAAGGUCACAUGACUUAUGAAUUGGAACAAUAUAUUUAGCUGUUAGUGUGGUGUGGAGGUUAGUCGCCAUUUUAUAGUGUUUUUAUGUAAAUCAUUCUAACUUCCAUUUGUACAGUGAUAGACAUUAAAGUACUAAAUGUAAUUUGACCUUAAUUAUGGAUAAAAGAAAGAUUGAUGAGGUUAAUUCUGGUGUUAAGAGGAGGAGGAAAGUGUUAACUCUGGAUAGUAAAUUGGAAAUUAUAAAAAGGCAUGAACGUGGUGAAAGUAAAGCAAAAAUAGGACGAGAUUUAGGAAUGAAUGAGUCGACUGUGAGAGCAAUUCUAAAGAAAAUUGAUGACUAUAAGGAAAAAGGUAAAGUGGCGUCAACUUUGGGUCUGCAAACAACAAGGAAUAGAAGUCGGAUUAUGAUUGAAAUGGAGCAUCUUUUGUCUUUGUGGAUUGAAGAUUGCAACCUUAAGCAAAUUCCUCUAAACACUAUGACUAUUAAAAUGAAAGCUUUAAAUAUUUUCUCUGCAAUUAAAAGAAAUUUAAUGAAAGAAAAUGAAAUUCUAACAGCAGCAGAAAUGAAAGAGACUUUUACUGCUAGUUCUGGUUGGUUUGAGAGGUUUAAAACUCGGACAGGGAUUCACAAUGUUCGUAUAACAGGGGAGGCUGGAUGUGUAGACAAAUAUACAAGAGACAAAGAUCCAAACACUUUUAAAAAAAUAAUUGAAGAACGAGAUUACGAUGACAAACAAUUAUUUAAUACUGAUGAAAUGAACUUAUAUUGGGUAAAAAUGCCUUCGAAAACGUUUUUAAUAAAGAAAGAAAAUAUACAAAAACCACAACCUUUGCUUGAUUUUGAUGAAAAAGACAAUAGAAACGAUGAGGAUUUGUUUGAACCUCAUUCAAAAGGAUUAAGUGAUGAUGAACUCCUUAAUUUAAGUCGAGAGUGUAUGUACAAAAAAGCAGUCGGUCAAGCAGACGAUAAAGAUGAAGAACAAAAGAUAGAAAUUACUGUAAAAGGACUUGAUACAAUGUUUCAAGAAUUUGAAAAAUUCAAGCAGUUAAUAAUGGAUAUUGACCCUAACAUUGAAAGAAGAACAAAAGUUCAGCAGAACUUGGACAAUGUACUGUCUUGCUACAAACAGAUUCAUGCAGAGAAAAUGAAAGAAAACAAUAAAAACGGAACACAAAUGACUUUGGAUAAGUAUUUUUCAAAGAAAUAAAUUAACGAAAAUAUUUAUUUUG